GGGCGUGAGAUGGCGGCGGCAGCGGUGAGCAGCGCCAAGCGGAGCCUGCGAGGAGAGCUGAAGCAGCGUCUGCGGGCGAUGAGCGCCGAGGAGAGGCUACGUCAGUCCCGCGUACUGACCCAGAAGGUGCGAGGCCGCCUGUAGCGGAAGCCGCGGCGGACAGACUCUCUGAACGCCUGGCGGCCAGCGAUUGCUAAUCCGUGCCUGGUGAUUGCCCACAGUGAGUAUCAAAAGUCCAAAAGAAUUUCCAUCUUUCUGAGCAUGCAAGAUGAAAUUGAGACAGAAGAGAUUAUCAAGGACAUUUUCCAACGAGGCAAAGUCUGUUUCAUCCCUCGGUAUCAGUUCCAGAGCAAUCACAUGGAUAUGGUGAGACUAGAAUCACCAGAGGAAAUUUCUUUACUUCCCAAAACAUCCUGGAAUAUCCCUCAGCCUGGUGAGGGUGAUGUUCGGGAGGAGGCCUUGUCCACAGGGGGACUCGAUCUCAUCUUCAUGCCAGGCCUUGGGUUUGACAAACAUGGCAACCGACUGGGGAGGGGCAAGGGCUACUAUGAUACCUACUUGAAGCGCUGUUUGCAGCAUCAGGAAGUGAAGCCCUACACCCUAGCGUUGGCUUUCAAAGAACAGAUUUGCCUCCAGGUCCCAGUGAAUGAAAACGACAUGAAGGUAGAUGAAGUCCUUUACGAAGACUCAUCAGCAUCUUAAAUCUGGAUUACUACAGCCGAAUAAUCAGUGUUUUAUAUGAGAGUAAAGCAAAGUAUGUGUAUUUUUCCCAUGUCAAAAAUUAGUUGAAAUUGUACAACUAAUUUUUGUGAAUACAGACUGCAUUUUAAAAUUGUAAUUAUAAAGUACCUUAUAUAAAACUAUCUUUAAAAACCAAUAGAAGUGUGACUAGUAGAAUAUUAAUUGAAAUGGAGGCUAUCAGCCUAUGAUUUUCAGCUUAACCUCCUGGUGUUAAUGUGACAAGUUGAUCUGUCUACUUUGCAACUUAAGUUAAAUAUUUAUGAGGAACUGUGCCCUGACUGAGUGCGAGAGGAAGGUAAGCUCACUGGGAGUGGACACUGUAUUUUAUUAUGUCCUGUUGUGACCUGGUCAGUCCUGGCAGGUGCAUGGAGACUUGGGGACUGUUAAUUGAUUUGUUGGUAUUUGCUUUGGAUACAGAAUUCCCUAAGAAUAUUAUCUCACUUCAUCAUGA